AUGGUCCCAGGGUCGAAUCCGUGGGCUUAUGCAUAUGCUGGCCACCAGUUUGGUUCGUUUGCAGGUCAGCUCGGAGAUGGCCGAGCCAUCUCUCUCGGCGAAGUCGUCAAUACCCGCGGCCGGCGAUGGGAACUGCAGCUGAAAGGUGCCGGAAUGACGCCGUAUUCUCGGUUCGCCGACGGCUAUGCCGUUCUACGCUCGAGCAUCCGCGAGUUCCUGUGCUCUGAAGCUAUGUUCCAUCUCGGCAUCCCAACGACGCGAGCGUUGGCCCUCAUCGGGUCGUCCCGGAUCGUUCAGCGAGAGCAGGAUGAGUCCGGGGCCAUCGUUUGCCGUCUGGCUCCGAGCUGGAUCCGGCUCGGCAACUUCGAGCUGUUCUACGCCACGGGCGACUCCGAGAACCUGCAGAAGCUUGCCGACUAUGCGAUUACGAUGCACUUUCCCGAGAUCCAGCCCCCGGACGGAAGUGUGGAUGGACCACAGACGGGCAAAUACACCCAGCUCCUCGAGCGGGUAGUCGCAAAAACGGCCGAGAUGAUCGCUCACUGGCAAGCAUACGGCGUCAUGAAUACCGACAACUUCAGUAUCCUGGGUCUCACGAUUGAUUACGGACCGUUCCAGUUCCUGGAUGGAUACGAUCCGGAUUACGUUUGCAACAAAUCGGAUUUCACCGGGAUGUACGCCUUCUCGGAGCAGCCUGAGGUUGGGCUGAGAAACAUGGUCAAGUUUGCUACAGCCAUCAGUCCUCUGAUCAUCCAAGAAUGCGGCGGCGACCGUGAAAAGGCGUCAGGCGAGCUCCGACCAGCCCUGAACCAGUAUUCGUCGAUUCUGUCGGAUCGAUAUGGCAGGCUGAUGGCCAAGAAGAUUGGCCUUGCUACUUACAAGGAAACCGAUCUCCAAGACGUGAUCUACCCACUCCUGACGAUCAUCGCCAAAGAGGCGGUGGACUAUACGCUCUUCUUCCGGUCCUUAUCACAGUUCUCGAUCGCCUCAACAGAUGCCCUCUACCCUACCGAAGCCUGCUCCCGCACCGGGCCGACAGAGCCGCGCCUGAUCAUUGCUCAGGCGAAGCCCAGCCUUGGGGCGGCGCUGCAGCCGUGGCUAGAGAUCUAUCGCAAGCGUCUGCUGGAGGACAUUUCCGGUCCUGACGAGAGCUGCCCGCUUGUCACAGCCAGUCGCGAGGCCGAGCGGAGAAAGCAGAUGGACUCGAUCAACCCCCGAUACAUUCUGCGGAACCAUCUGGCGCAAACGGUGAUUGAAGCAGCCGAGGUCGGCAACUAUGCUGAGGUCAACGAGCUCCUCAAUGUUCUAUCGCGGCCUUUUGAAGACGGCAGCAUCCAGGAGCAGGAACGAUGGGGCGGCGCUGUGCCGGACUGGGCCGCGGGCGUCAAGUGCAGCUGCUCAUCAUAG